AAGUCGCUUAGAGACGAAGAAAAGCGCCUCUCCGUCUCGUGUCAUUAUCUCAUUCGCCAAUCUUCUAUCUUAUAAUGCUUCUGCGGACACCAUAACCAUCAGCUGAACUCUUCGGUCAAAUAUAUAGUUGGAAGAAACCUCCAGAUAGCUGCUACGAUCGCCUGAAAUAGAGCGCCGGCGAUGGAUCGAAGAUCGAUAGUUCUAAAAUCCAUCUCUUGUCGAGGAGUUAAAUCCUUCAAUCUCUUCCAGAAACCCUCUACUUACGCGAUCAUCUCCAUCUCCGCCGGUAAGGACGCCCGGCUGAAGCGAAAGCAGCAAAAGCAGAAGACAUCGGCCGAUCAUGAAGGCGGUGAGAAUCCGGAAUGGGAUCAAACGAUUCGAUUGGAACUCAACGAUACCGAUUUCCAGGAUACGUUUCUUGAGUUCGCAAUCAUGGCACAGGGGAAUCUCGUUGUCUUCGGUGACAAACUCAUCGGUAAAUCCCGCGUUCCAUUGUCCGAUCUAACUUUAGGGCAUCCUUCCGAUGUUGUCCGUCACGUGAGUUACCAGAUUCGAUCUCCCGAAGGUAAGCCUAAUGGCAUCUUGAGUUUCUCUUAUAGCUGGAGCCUUCCGGAGACAGUGACGCGGACCCCGCCGCCGCUAGCUCCCGGGAUUCCGUCUGCGCUGCCGAUUGAGGAUGAUAGUCCUCCAUUGGCACCGCCGAUUGAUGACUGUAAUCCUCCACCGGUGCCGCAUGGGAAUAUUCUUUAUCCGCCUUUACCGUUACCUGAAGCAGGGCCGGAGGAAUGUUUCUGUUAUUGCAGUCAGCUGCCGCCGCAUCAACCUACAUAUUACCCUCCUCCGCCGCCGCAUCAACCGAUAUAUUACCCUCCGCCGCCGCCGCCGCCUCCUCCAGCGUCGUCUACCGGGUAUUAUACCGCGUUUGAGCGGACGGUAUCUCCCCCGGUGUUGAGUCGGGAUGUUUAUUUCUCUACGCCACUUGAUGGGAACGUAGGCUAUCAUCCACCGCCGAUGCCGGCGUUCGGAACAUAUUAUGCAUCAUCAGCUCCAGGUUAUAUAUAUCCACCGCCCCAAGAUUCUUGCGGUUACUGGAAUUGUAAGUGAAUUCUGGGAAAUUUCAUGAAUCCAACGUUGCCUCGAUCGAUUAAAAAUAUAGCAUUGAAAAAAAAGGGCCGAUGUUGCACCCAAAACAUUGAUAUUUACAAAUCAAACACUCUCUUUCAUCCUUUUUUUCAAAUUCUCACUCAAAUAUCAAAGAUUUAACUGUAACACUCGUAAAUUUAUCAGUUUCAUAGUUAAAAAAAGAUCACCUAAAUAUUUGAUUUGGAAGCAGCAAUGUUUCUUCUGCGUUGCAUGUAAUUAUCCCUAAAGCAUGGAUGCUAGUUUUGUAAAUAAUAAUGCUUUGAGAGCUGUGCAUGUAAUUAUCCCUUUGCACAAUGCUGUAGUAGAAACUAAAAUCAAAUAUGUAUAUGGUGAUUGAGAAAAUCUUUGCCAUUAAUGCAGUUCAUUAUUCUUUUUUAAAUUAA